GCACCCGGCCGCAUUGUUAUUCGUGUGGUGGCCGCGUCGGAACCCAGAGGGGAGGACGAGAGCCAGGCGCCAGUACCCGACACGGACACUACGUGAAUACAGACGCCUUGGUCAGCGCCUCAGGGCUCCUCUUGCUGCUCCAACUCAUUGCUACAGAUCCUAAGGGUUUUUAUGAGACACAAUGAAGUUCCACAGCCUGACGGCGUUGUCAGCGACGGUGGUGGCGAUGGCCUUGGUGGCAGGGGUGGUGGUGGUGGCAGACAGCGAGGCUCACGGUAAAGGAUUCGACCGCAGGAUCACGCAGCAGGAGCGGGAGGAAAUCUUCAGGAGGAUGGAGCUGGAAGAGGACCUACCCUGUGUCCCGCCAGUCGACCCGCCCUCCAACUCUAAGACUCUGCCUGCGAUGCCUGACUCCUUCACCACCAACGUGGAGAUCGCCUUGCAAGACGAGAAGGCUCACCUCGUUAUCUACGGAGCGGAGACCUUCGACGGCGUCUUCAACAGCGGCGUCCUCAUGUACCAGUUGGGCGAGGGCGUGAUCGCGUCGAAGCCAUUCACUAUGGACGAGAUCAUACACUACGACGUGCCUCACGACGAAGCCCUCUUCAUCGUCACAGACACGGCCUGCGAGGACACGUCUGACGGCUCCUGUGAUCCAAAAAAGACAUGCGAGGCGCACGAUCUCAAAACCCUCAGUGCGAUCAUGGAGGAACUCUUCGCGCUGGGAGCCCAGAACGGCGACGGGGGCUACUUCGGGACGGUGGGGGUCCUUAACUGGGGCCCGACGCUCGAGUACGUGUACCUAGAGAAGGCGGACUGCCGGGGCAUGGUAUGUGACAAGUUCCAGGCCUGCAUCACCGACGCCGACCAACAGUCUACGGUCCGCAUCACCUACUUCUGGUCUGAUAGCAAGUGGCACGUAGCGAACAACGGAAUGUCCGUGCCGGUAGCCGUGGAGGUCCAUUCAAAUGGCAAGGUCGGCAAUCUGUUCACCCAAGCAGUGAGGCAGCGCUUCGACUUCUACGAGUUCCUGAGGGACUUCAGACCCAGCGUGGAGGAACUAGCGCCACCAGCUGAUGCUUACUGCAAACACCGCAAGUCGUCCUACUACCCUCCGGUGGUCCCGUACUACUUCUCCUACGACUCCGAGGCGGUAGUUGGGGUCGAUAUCAAUUGGCCUCUUGCAGACAACGAGUCACUUACCUUCCAGUUCACUAUAGUUAUUAGUCAGCAGGAACACUACGACUGGGAGGCGAAGGUGGUGGUGGCAGACUACAUCCCGUGGUACAUCUUCGGCGACACCUACCGCUACGACCACGAGACCAGGCGCAUACAAGACUUCAACCAAGGUCUGGAGUAUUACAUCGAGAAGCGCCUCAACAACCGCUGCAUAUACGGACCCAUCGAGAACACGACCAGCGCGGGUGACGUAGUGGUUAAUGAUGACGGCUCCGUCUCCCUCCUGCCUCCCUGGAUCUUCGAGAACCUGGACGAGCCCAUGCAGUACAACGGUGAACACUCGGCUCGCGAGUUGCCGGCGGAUGUGUGGAUCGGACUCAAGAGGGUUAAACCCACCAUCUUCGAGGAAGACUACGUAUGGUAUUACGCCUCGCCCUUCAUCCUGGGUGAGAGGGACAGGAAGACCUCGCAGGGAAACGUGAAGGCCUUCAGAAACGCCUUAAAACUAGAAGAGACAGUUGCCCUGAGCCAGGAGGAGCUGUGGCGACGCGUCAUGGCAGAGGGCAUGACUGGUGACAUCCUAUCGCUGGACAAGGUUCCCCUGAAGAUGGAGAGAUACCUCAAUAUCAUGGCUGGCUACCCACAUCUCAUCUACAACAUGUUCAACUACCAAUACGAACCACCUAUGACCCACACCUUCGAUAUUUUCCCUUGUUACAAUGCCUCUCAGUUCCGUGACUUCAUUGUGGACCUUCCUGGGGACACGCUAGCGAGGGUGAACCAACUCCGUGACCUGCUCAUCUACUCGUCCCAGCAGGCCAUGGCUGAGGUGGGCGUCGUGUCCCCCCUCAGGAUUAACAGGAUGGUGUUGGAAGAACGAGAUGAUGUAAUUCGACUUUUGUUCACCGUCCUGGACAAAGCCACAGUGAACGGUGACGCCCCAGGCACCCUUGAGGAGAGUGAUAUGAACACUGCAGUUAACCUCAUCAGCUCUGCCAUCACCAACUCUAAACUAGUCAUUAUAGUUCGCAUUGCAGAUUCUCCCAAACGAAAAGUGGAGGAUCAGGUGGCAGUUUUGCCCAUCUCCGGCUCCAUGAUAGAGGUCCAUCGUGGCAAGCGAAACGACUACUACUACUCUACUAACAAGGGCUACCAUUCAGGUGACAUGGCUGGUCUUGCCAUAGGGAUGCUGUUGGUCGGGGCCUUGUUUAGCGUGUUGGUUACUAUGCUGAUUCAAAGGAGGAACUCUCCCCCGGGCGGACUUCCAAGAGUCAGCAUGGCCCACAAGUCCAGACCUUCUCCUGAUAACACAAUCAACAUUAAUGCUGAUCUAACCAGCUCUGGCAUUUAAAGCUAUGAUGUAUCUCAGAGAGAGAGAGAGAGAUAUAUAUAGUAAGAUUAGUGGCCUAAACAAUAAUUAAAAGCUUUUUCAUGUGCCAGGUUAUAUAACUUUGUGAUAAGAUAUUGACAAAGGCUGGAAUUGGUCAUUUUGCUUACCUUAACAGCAUGGUAAAAACAAAACAGUGGUUAUAAUUGAUCAAGGACGUCUUUUUUUCCUGAAAAGAUGCAAGUCUUUUGAUUUUUAUAACAUUAAAUUAAUCAAAUGUAAAAAAAAAAUUGUUUUAUUUCAUAGGCUUGGCCGAGGCGGGUGAAAAAAAUGUCAUUAGCUCUUCAAUAAAGUGUUUAUAUAACGAACCAAAUAGUUGG